CCCGAAAGAACUUUGAGCCUAAAGUGGGGAUUUUUUCGAAAUGUCUUGAUGCAGUGAUUUUAAAGUCCAGCUCUUAAAAUGAAUUCUAAAUUUAGAUGCUCCGCACCUUUCAAUUCCAAAUCAUUGGUAAAAAACCGUGAAAGCACACACGCGUGAAGAGCCAAAAAUCCAUUCAGCCAUUAUGGUCAAAAGUGCGACGUUAUUAUGUUCAAUAUGUUGAUUUUCAAUUGUCACCUCUGUUCGCCAAUACAUAAAUCAAAGGAGAAACAAUAGUCAAGUAUCAAUAUUUUUGAUAGAAUGUGCGUGAAGGAGGAAAAAAGACUGUCCGAGAAGAGAGACACAAUAUUUCCGUUGGGAUAAUGUUAUAACAUUUGCUUAUUAUCAUAUUCAUUCGCACAAUACAACUCAGAGUCUCGAGAGAACGCUUGAUUUGCAAUUAAUGGAAUUCAUAAUUGUAUGUUAUACUCGACGCUGUGUUCAAUAAAUGUAAAAAGAUAAUAUUUCUCGACUUUAGUGCACGUCAAUAUACGAAGGUGUGAACAUCAAUGUAUAGUUUUCUAGUGUCGAAGAGGGUGGAAACCGUUCAAACUGAGAAUUUCUCAUUCUCAGGGGUGAAAAGGAGGGAAUCUGAGCAGAAACGAGCGAUGGACGUGAGUCUUCUGCCCACCAUCCCGCAAUUCUUUGCGGGACGGGACAUCUUCAUCACGGGCGGCAGUGGAUUCAUGGGUAAGGCGCUGAUCGAGAAGAUCCUGUACGCCUGUCCCAGCGUGGGCAACAUCUACAUCCUUCUGCGUCCGAAGAAGAAUCGUGGAGUGGCGGAGCGAUUGGCUCUGCUGAAGCAGGAAUCUGUGUUUGAGCGAAUGCGUCGCGACAAGCCGGAACAGCUGGACAAACUCGUGGCUGUGGCCGGAGAUGUGGCAGUGCUGGAGAUGGGAAUCUCCGAGGAGGAUGUGAGAGCCAUGGAGAAUGUCUCGAUUGUCUUCCAUGUGGCCGCGAGUGUGAGAUUCGAUGAUCCGCUGAAGGAUGCCAUUCUGAUGAAUGCACGAGGAACGAGAGAAGUUUGUCGCUUUGCGGAGAAGCUCGAGAAUCUUAAGGUGAUGAUGCACGUGUCCACGUCCUACUGCAAUCCCGAUUGGCAUGACAUUGAGGAGAAGAUCUAUCCGCCGUACGCGGAUUGGGAGAAGGCCAUCAAGAUCGCCGAGACAUAUGAUACAGAAUUAUUGGAUAUUUUCGCGCCAAAGUACACGAGUUUCCAGCCAAACACUUACACCUUCACAAAGUCUCUGGCGGAGCAAAUAAUCAAUGACUUCAAGGAGAAAUUGCCGGUGAUCAUCUUUCGGCCGUCGAUUGUUAUCUCGUCGGUGUCGGAGCCGAUGCCGGGCUGGAUAGACAACUUCAACGGACCCGUGGGUCUGCUGGUGGGCUGCGGCCUCGGGAUCAACCGCACGCUGUACUCGAAUCCUGACAAUGUGGCCGAUUACACACCUGUGGACAUCGCCAUUCGCGCCAUGAUCUCGGCGGUGUGGAAGAGAGGCACGCAAGAGCCGCUGGAUCUUCUGCCCAUCUACAACUGCUCCACAUCCGACAAGCGACCGCAGACGUUCAACGACGUGGUGAAUCUGGGCAAGGAGCUCUCGCCGCAGUGGCCCUUCGACCACACACUGUGGGCGCCCGGCGGCAGCGUGACCAACUGGAAGAUGUACAACUACAUCAAGGUGAUCCUGCUCCACGUCCUGCCGGCGAUCAUCAUUGACAUGGCGCUGAAGCUGAGCGGCAAGAAGCCGUUCAUCCUCAAGCUGCAGCGCCGCAUUUAUCAGGCCAAUCAGGCUCUGGCGUACUUCGUCCUCAACGUGUGGACGUUCCAGAACAAGAAUCUGUAUUCGCUGAACGAGGGCCUGCAGGACUGCGACCUGAAGGCCUUCCAGUUCGACUAUGAGAUUAACACGGACGUGAAGAACUACUUCAGCAUGGCGAUCCUGGGCACGCGGCGGUACUUGAUGCACGAGAAGGACGAGGACUUGCCGAUGGCGAGAGCCAAGUUCAAUCGGAUGGUGCUCCUGGACAAGGUGGUCAAGACGAUCGUGUACAGCGCCCUCACGUACUUCCUGGUCGUGCGCCUGGACAUCAUUCCGCUGCUGGUGCGCCUGACCAACAAGAACAUGGCGCAGUACAUGAAUUGAGAGAAACUCAGCUCGGAAGUUAUGUUAUGAAUUCUUUAUUUUUUACAAAUCAAAAUGAAAAUUGCGUGGCGAUCCACUAAAUAUAAAAUGGAAUGGAAAUUGUAGUAAA